AUGGUGAGACAAUACUGCAGAUGGGAGCCCUCCCAGCCAGGAACUUUCAAACUAAAUGUAGAUGGGGCUAUUUUCCAGAACCAACAAAGUGCAGGAAUUGGUGCUAUCCUAAGAGACAGUAAAGGUGAAGUUCUUAUGGCAGUUAGCAAAAGGGAAUCAGCAGUUGGUGAUGCAACAAGCAUUGAAAUGUUGGCAAUCCUCAAGGGCCUACAGCUAACACUUCAUUUGGGUAUUCAGCAUCUUAUCAUUGAAAGUGAUGCCUUGACCUUAGUAAAAGAGAUGCAUAAGACAGAACCAUCGAUGACUCUAGUUGGUAAUGUAAUUAGGGAUACUAAGGAGCUUAUGAGCUGCUUCCGAGUGUGUGAUGUAAGAUAUACUAAUGCUAAUAUCUGUUGA